AUGCGAUCUGUUAUUAAUUCUUGCAAUCCUUGGUCUUCUAUCUUUCCUAGAUCACAAACAGAUAGUGAUACCGAAGCAGCUCUAAAAGAAUUAGAUAAAAAAUGUAAUAACGUCGAUACACCCCAUGUCAGACGUCUGCUUUACGAAACAUUUAUAGUUCGACGAUCUUGGAUCGAAAAAGAAGCCACAGAAAUAUCCAGCAUAGUUGCGAAGUAUCCACAAUUAGCAGUUUAUGACUUGAUCAUUUUCGAGUUUAUAACUUUGAAAAAGAUAACGCUGGAAACCUUGCUAGAAAACGUUAACGCGAUGAUUGGGAAGUUGUCCGCACAUUAUUGCGCCAAUGAGGCUAUCACAGAAAAAUCGAAAGCUUCUGUUCUCGUAAAGCUACAUGAAGAACUCGCUAACAAAAAAAUAAAAAAGACGGUGAACCCUCUCUUUAUAGUAAAGGAGGUAAUUAUCAGACAAAUCUUUUCAUGUAUAUAUGUAUUACACAGGGUUGGGAAAGUUACUUUAUAAAAGUAACUAUGUUACAGUUACAGUUUUUCGCUAACAAUGUAACUACCCAGGUAGCAUUUUGUCAGGGCGUGCCCGAGGUUCGUAAAGGACCUAGACAGGCAUGCCCUAAAAUAGGCCAGGCAAUGUAGGGCCUAGACAGGCAUGCUCUAAAUUAGCCCUGCCAUCGUUGGGCCUAGAUAGAUCCUACUAAGGUAAAUUCUUAGUGGAAUUUCCUGAACGGGCCCUGAGUAGGCACUGACGUAAAUACCCCUAACAAGGCAUGCCGUCGUUGGGCCUAGAUAGGUCCUACUACGGUAAAUUCUUAGUGGAAUUUCCUGAACGGGCCCAGAAUAGGCACUGACGUAAAUACCCCUAACAAGGCAUGCCGUCGUUGGGCCUAGAUAGGUCCUACUAAGGUAAAUUCUUAGUGGAAUUUCCUGAACGGGCCCUGAAUAGGC